AUGACAGUGUAAAUUGAUGAUAAUAAUACAGCAAGAAUUGAUGUAUUUGAAGAAGACGAUCCUGAACUGUUAGCUAUAAAUUUCUGCAAUUAACACAAAUUAAAUCAAAGAUUAGUUCCUAUGCUUACUGAAAAUAUUAAGAAGAAUAUAUAUAUUGCUUUAAAAGAGAAAUAAAAUAUGACUCAAUAUGUAUUAAUAUAACAUAAGAUCAUAGCUUUAAUAAUAAAAAGACAAGCAAAUAAUUAAACAAUAAUAACAAGAAUAAUUGACAUAAUAAAAUAUAAUAAAGGAAAUGAGUACUUAAUCUCCAAAAACUAUUAAAGAGAAGAAAGGUGAUGAUGUUUUUAAUAGAUUGUAUCAAAGUGCUCAAAAUAAAAAAAUGAAAAUAUAAAGACAAGAAUCUGAACGAUUAUAAAUUUCAAAUUAAUUAGUUCAUAAUUAAGAAUCAGAUGUUAACUAUGGAUAAUUACUAUAUUAGAGAGGAAUGAAUAAAAAAGAUGAGUUUAUUUUAAAAGCUGAAAUGGCAUAAUUGGAGAAACAACAAUUAUAAAUGAUUGAAUGCACUUAUAAACCAUAAAUUAAUUCAAUUUCCUAGAAAAUUGUUAAUCGUCCAUCAGAACCAAUUUGCUUUCAUUUAAAUUAAUUAGCUAAAGUAAUCUCUGAAAAAAAAGAGUAAGCAUAAUUUAAUAAAGUUGAAGAGUAAUAAUAAUAAUGUUCUUUUCAUCCAUAAAUUGAUAAAUAGUAAUAUUAUAUAUUUAAUUAGAUCUUAAAACAUUAUUGAAGAAAAGAAAAAAGCCUCUUAAAUUUAAAUUCCUCAUUAUGAAUAACUCUACUAAGUGAAUACUAUUCGUCAAAUGAAAUUAAAUUAAAAAGGAUAAGAAUAUUUUACAGAAAAUUAUACAUUCCAUCCAAAAAUAGAUUAAAUAUCAGAAUAAAUAGUUUCUGGUUAAUCCUUUUAAGAUAGAUAAUAAAAGUUUUUAAUUUCUACUAAAGAUAAAUAUCAAUCAGUUGAAGAGUGUUUUCGACCUAAAACAGGUAGACCUCCUGAAUAUCGACCAGAAAAUUUAUUUGAUACACUUUAUAAUCAAGCUAAAGAAUUAUCUGAUAAAAAAGCUUAAUUAUUAUCAUCUAGUAUGGAUCAAGCACUUUUUUAAUCUUAAAUAAAGGCUAGUCAUUAAUCUGAUAAAAUUACUCAAUAAUCAAUUUAUAAUAAACUUUCAAAUAUAUUUGAUCUCUUGGAUUCUGAUUAAGAUGGAGAGAUUGAUUCUUUAAGAAUUGAUACCACUAAUUUAGAUCCUUAAAUUCUUCAAGCAAUAACUCCUUUGUUAUAAGAAAUGGAAAAAGGAAAACACUCUCUUAUUAAAUCAGAAUUUAUUUAAUUAAUUUCUUAAAUGAUGAAUUUAAUGUCUAACAAAGAAAAACAUGAUUUAUUAAAGAAACCCUAAAAAAAAGAUCCAUAACUUAAUGUAACUAAAGACAGAUCUCCUAAAUAAAGUAUUAAAAAAUAUUGA